AUGACUCGCAAGAAGAACCGCUACAACAACCACGAGAACCGCCGCAGCAGCGCCAGCAAUGGCACCAACAGUCUCGAGCUCCGCAACCUCCUCGAGAGCCUCCCACAAGAACUCUACAACCACAUCUACGACUUGACGUUCACAGCUGAAGUCAAACUGCGGUUCUACUCUAUGAAGCGCGAGAUGGGGCUCUUGCAGCUGGAAGAGUUAGCAGCGACAUAUCCAGAGCGGGUCGUUACGAUCAACGAGAAGCCGCCGCAUUUGCUCCACGUGGAUCGAAAAAGCAGGGCCAAGUUCGCCGCAUCAUAUUUCGGUGGGGAGUCUGUCUUUGUGGUCGUGAGCCCAAAUCGAUACGGCGCAUGCUUCUCACACAGCCAUUUGGAGCUCAUCCGUGCCCCUCACUAUGUAUUCAAUACGGGACAUCGGGAGGUCCUAGGCAAAGAUCACAUUUUCAGACGAUUUCUGAGUGAAGAGCCCGCAGGGGAGGCUUACGCGGAUCGAGUUGUCUUCGCCUCGCUGGAUGAGAUCGUCGAGAUCAUAAAGCACAGCGACAAGUGCGACGCCCUCGAGCUCCGCGACCACCUCGAAAACUUGCCUCAAGAGCUCUACGACUGCAUCUACGAUCUGACCUUCACUGCUGAUGCCCAGAUCCGGAUCUACGCCUCUAGGCCAACUGUUGAAAAAGAGGGACUGGAAGAUUUGGUCGCAAAGUAUACUGAUCAGGUCGCCGUUCUCAAUGAGCCACCGUCGCGGCUCCUCUGGGUCUGUCGCAGUAGUCGGAAGAAGUUUGCUUCUUCCUUCCUCGAGGGCGGAUCCAUCUUCGUAUUCUACGAUUCUAUUGGAGAGCCACUCCGGGAUUUGAUGUCCAGUGGUGGGACACUGAGGGGCGAUAUUCGUAUCGUGCUCGGGACCGAAUGGUCGAAGGUGUUCGAGACGGAAGACUACAAGAAAUCCAUUAGCCUCACCGGACUCGAUCAAGACCUUGCGAAUCAACUGGAGCUUACAUCGCAUCUCGCGGUCUGGGGCCUGCUGGAGCAGCGUGGAGAUGAAGUCAAUGGAAACAAGAAGAAGUAG